AUGUCUGCAUUCCCGCCUGCAUAUGACUCGCACCCCAGCGUGGGCACGACCUUGACCCCAUAUCUCCAGCUCUCGCAUCGCCUCUCGCUUGCAUGGCUCGCGUACCCAAUCCUCUCCAUCGUAUUCAUCAUCUUCCGGCUCAUUCUUUCGGGCGACUCGGCACAGAACGCAGUAGACGGUGCCAAAGAUGACCUGUUGUCGGCAUGCUUGGCGGCGCAGGAGGCCGCAGCUAGUACGGCCAGCAUGCCACGUUACAUGGCUCUGGCUAGCAACGAGCUCGUCGUCGCUUCGACGAACGCGGCGUUGUCUGCAACGCGCCAAGCACUUGUGCUUGCGCUGACCGUCAUGGAAGCCAUCAUCAAUUUCAUCAUCGACACCUACCGGUCGACGCUCUUGUGCUUCCUUGAGCUUAUUGUUCGCGGCGCCUUGUCCAUCAUUAUUAGCGGUCUGAAGGAGGCCAGCGACUUGAUUCAGUCCACUGCGAGUGGCUUGCGCACCUCUAUCCAGAACGAUGUCACCAGCAUCAACUCUGCAAUCAAGUCCAUUGUCGACAAAGUCAACGAUGUCAACCCGUUUGGGGAUAUCACUGCCCCUCAGUUUGACGUUCCCGAUCUGAGCUCCCUCGCCAACCUUACGCUUCCCAGCGACCUGACCGAUGCACUGACGUCGUUAAACUCGUCUCUGCCGAGCGUCAGUCAGCUCAAGAGCGAGGUCGAUGAUCUCGUCGACACUCCCUUCGAGCUUGUGAAGAAGGAGAUCAACGACACCUUCCUCGCGUUCUCCUUCAACUCGUCCGUCUUGCCCGUUCCCGACCGCGCCACGCUCAGCUUCUGCGACGAUAUGGACACCUCCACGAUCGACGACCUUGGCAAUGCUCUUGUGAAGAUGACGAAGAUUGGAAUCAUCAUUCUUGCUGUGCUCGCUCUCUUGCUUCUUGCCGCCUCCUGUUUCUGGGAGUGGUGA